GGAGGUGUUUUUGGGAAGUUCUAGUGGAUGUCCGAGUGGGACAUCCGUGCAUUGGAGAUGCUCUUAGGGUAUCUAUCGCUCAUAGGAGUAUAUAAUAACGCACUCUCUACUGUGCCUGCACCAAACAUCGAUCCCAUACUCUGCGGCUCUCUCUCUCACUUCACAGCUUCAGGAGAAUAUAGCAUGGCAACUGCAAGGCUUCCCACCGUUUCCAUCUUUGGAAGUGUGCCUCAAUGCCAAACCACGAGCGCCUUCAUCAAGAUCCCAUCCUCUUUGGGUUCUCUACAGAGCACCUCUAGAAUCUUUGGCCUGAAGGCAAAGCCCGACUACAAAGCAACUGCCAUGGCUGUGUACAAGGUGAAAUUGGUUGGACCAGACGGUGCUGAGUGCGAGUUUGAAGCACCUGAUGAUUGCUACAUCCUUGACUCUGCUGAGUCAGCUGGAGUUGAACUCCCAUACUCGUGCAGGGCCGGAGCAUGCUCCACCUGUGCUGGGAAAAUGGUGUCGGGGGCUGUUGACCAGUCCGAUGGCUCGUUUCUUGACGACAAACAGAUGCAGGAAGGCUACCUGCUGACCUGCGUUUCCUACCCGACUUCAGACUGUGUGAUUCACACACACAAGGAAAGUGAUCUGUAUUGAUGAUUAUCAUCUCUUUUAUAUCAAGACAUUUAAAAAAGAAACUAUGCUCUCUGGCUGUAGUGUUGAAUAUUCAAUCGUGCUUUGUCGAUCAAUUUCUGUUAGCAAAACUCUUUUUUAUUGUUGUGCC